UCGAGCUUGGGGGAUGGGGAAGCCGUGAAGCCGCCUGCGCAGCCAUUUGCUUGCCAGUAAGCGUGGCUCUCUCCGCCACGGAGAUCCGCCUGCGGAUCUCGCUUGAGCUGUGUGUUCGGAGUCUGCAACUACUAAUUUCUUUCGGCACCUCGGAGGAUUACCUGGCAGCGCCACCGACACCGGAACCCAGUUGGAAACGCUGAGGUCGCAGUUACCGCAAUGCCCAAGAAUAAAGGUAAAGGAGGUAAAAACAGGCGCAGGGGUAAGAAUGAGAAUGAAUCUGAAAAAAGAGAGUUAGUGUUUAAAGAAGAUGGACAAGAAUAUGCUCAGGUAAUCAAAAUGUUGGGAAAUGGAAGAUUGGAAGCAAUGUGUUUUGAUGGUGUGAAGAGGUUAUGUCAUAUAAGAGGAAAAUUGAGAAAAAAGGUUUGGAUAAAUACCUCAGACAUUAUAUUGGUUGGUCUUCGAGACUAUCAGGAUAACAAAGCUGAUGUAAUUUUAAAGUACAAUGCAGAUGAAGCUAGAAGUCUGAAGGCUUAUGGUGAGCUUCCGGAACAUGCAAAAAUUAAUGAAACAGAUACCUUUGGUGCUGGAGAUGAUGACGAAAUCCAGUUUGAUGACAUUGGAGAUGAUGAUGAAGACACUGAUGAUAUCUAAAUUGAACUCAAAGUUUCUGAGGAUUGUUCUACAGUUUGAAUUUUGGUCAUCACCUGUUAAGAAGAAUAAAACUUCAUUCAGCGUGAAUGUAGUCUAAGGCACACUGAUUUGUUUUCAUUGUUUUAAAGUAUUUAUUAUAUUUGUAUAAAAAACUGAUGAAGCUGAAUUAUAUUCAGUAAAUUGUUAACACUUUGUUCUUUUAAUGUGAUGGAACUUAGGGGUAGAAGAUCACAAUAUCUGCUGUUAAAACAGUGGGAGGAAGGAAAGGAGAAAAGAGAUGCCUUCCCCACUCUGAUUACUUUACUUCCAGUUAAUGGAUGUUUUGAAUAAAUUGCCUUAUCAUCGUAGACUGUGAUAAGCCCUAGUUCCAACUAGUCUGUUUACAGAGUCUUUCUGUAUGUUCCAGUUACCUAGAUGGUCUCCUGAGAUUUUUGAUAAAAUUUAAGGAAAGAAGAAAUCUGCAUUUGAAGUCAAGAAAAGGGGCUAUUUUCAGAUAUAUGUAGCCAUGUGUAUUUUUAUACUAAUUUUGGUAACUUGUAUAUUCUUUUCAUCAUUUUAUGUUGCCACCAUCGUAAUAUUAAGCAUUUCCAAAAUGCAGUUUUUAGAAUACGGGUUUGAGUAGUAAUUUUGAAUUUGUAAGAUUAGUAGUUGAAAAAAUUCUGUGCUAGGUAAUACUCAAUUUCCUUAACGUUGAAAGUUUUGAUGUAUUUGUUGACAGUGUUUUUCCUCAAGUAAGACAACUUUUAAUGGUAAAAUAAGUAGAUUAUUCUUUACUAUACAAAAUAGAUUGUAUAUGUUGUUUCAUUGUCGAAAGUCAUACAUUGUAACCCAUAGUUUUGAGUUUUAUGAAAAAUUAAAUUACAAUGUAUAAAUGAAAAUCUAAUUUCAUAAAAAAUUCUAUAAACUAAGUCUUUCUUAAACUAUCCCUUAGCUGAGAUAAGGGAAAAGAAGGAACCACAGCUAAGAAAUACAAUAAAAUGUUGCAUUGAGUAUAUUUUGGCCUU